CGUGAGACGCUUUGCGUCACUUGACGCACUUGACAGCCCUCUGCGGGCGCCGAGUCAGCUGAUCUGGGAGUCGAGUUGCGUGCGGGCUGAUCAGGGCUCUCUGGUCCUGCCGUCUCCGCCGUCCCUGCCGUCCCCGCCGUCCCCGCCGCAGCCAUGUCGUUCUUCCCGGAGCUUUAUUUCAACGUGGACAAUGGCUACUUGGAGGGAUUAGUGCGCGGCCUGAAGGCCGGGGUGCUCAGCCAGGCGGACUACCUCAACCUGGUGCAGUGCGAGACUCUCGAGGACUUGAAGCUGCACCUGCAGAGCACAGAUUAUGGCAACUUCCUGGCCAAUGAAGCAUCACCUCUGACGGUGUCAGUCAUCGAUGACAGGCUCAAGGAGAAGAUGGUAGUGGAGUUCCGCCACAUGAGAAACCAUGCCUAUGAGCCGCUCGCCAGCUUCCUGGACUUCAUUACUUAUAGCUACAUGAUUGACAACGUGAUCCUGCUCAUCACAGGCACAUUGCACCAGCGUUCAAUCGCUGAACUUGUGCCCAAGUGCCACCCACUAGGCAGCUUUGAGCAGAUGGAGGCCGUGAACAUCGCACAGACACCUGCAGAGCUCUACAAUGCCAUUCUGGUGGACACGCCCCUGGCGGCUUUUUUCCAGGAUUGCAUCUCAGAGCAGGACCUUGAUGAGAUGAACAUCGAGAUAAUCCGCAAUACGCUUUACAAGGCCUAUCUGGAGUCCUUCUACAAGUUUUGCACUCUGUUGGGUGGGACCACAGCUGAUGCCAUGUGUCCUAUCCUAGAGUUUGAAGCAGACCGCCGCGCCUUCAUCAUCACCAUCAACUCUUUUGGGACAGAGCUAUCCAAGGAGGACCGUGCCAAACUCUUUCCACACUGUGGCCGACUCUACCCUGAGGGCUUGGCUCAGCUGGCUCGGGCUGAUGACUAUGAACAGGUCAAGAAUGUAGCUGAUUACUACCCGGAAUACAAACUGCUUUUUGAGGGUGCAGGUAGCAAUCCUGGAGACAAGACCCUGGAAGACCGAUUCUUUGAACAUGAGGUGAAGCUGAACAAGUUGGCCUUCCUGAAUCAGUUCCACUUUGGUGUCUUUUAUGCCUUUGUGAAGCUUAAGGAACAGGAGUGUCGCAACAUUGUGUGGAUUGCUGAGUGCAUCGCCCAGCGCCAUCGCGCCAAGAUUGACAACUAUAUCCCCAUCUUCUAGCAUUCUAACUCAAGGUUCCCAAAUGCACUGUGUGUGUCUUUGUGUGUUGUGGUGAAGCCCAUGACUCACUUGUCUGACCUGGUGAGGUGUAGCACGUUGUCCUGGGAUUGCUCAGUUUCCACAAUCCCCUCUGGGACUGCUCUUAGGCCUAAAAGGGAUUAGGGACCUCUCCCCUGAUGAAGAAUGAACCAAGAUUCCUCCAGAGCAAAGAGCCCCCAGCCCUCUGUUUAUGGCCACUGACAUAUCUAAGGAACUUGUGUCACUUUCAUGUCCCUCCCUGACCUGGGAACCCCUGGGCAGUGUGAGCCUCCUUGUCCCUCUAUGGCUCAUUCCCAGAGCAAUAGCCCUUGGAAAGAUUAAAGAGUGUGUGUCUUUGGGGUGUGGGGGAAGUAGCUUUGUAGCUCUCUCCUUCAGCUCUGCCUCUCUGAGACAAUAAAAUCCUCUCUUUAAAAAGUC